AUGGGGAUGGAACACGGGGCGGGGGGGGGGGGGGGGGGGGGCGCAUCUCUGGGGCCCCGCACGCCCCUGGCUCUGCUCUUGCCUCCAGAUGCCGAGAAGACCCCGGGCUACUGGAAUGAAGGGGCCAGGAGGAGGUUGGAUGCGGCCCUGGCUUUGCAGCCAGCUGCUCGGCGAGCCAAAAACAUCAUCCUCUUCAUGGGUGACGGCAUGGGGCUGCCCACGGUGUCGGCAGCUCGGAUCUACAAGGGGCAGCUGGCCGGCGGCUCGGGCGAGGAGAGCGUCUUGGCCAUGGAAACCUUUCCCCACGUGGCCCUGGCCAAGACCUACACCAUCGACCGGCAGGUGCCCGACAGCGCCGGCACGGGCACUGCCUACCUCUGUGGGGUGAAGACCAAUGCUAAGACGCUGGGGCUGAGCGGGGCGGCCGCCUACGGCAAAUGCCGCACCACCUUCGGCAACGAGGUGGACUCCAUCCUGCACCGGGCCAGGCUGGCGGGCAAGUCCGUAGGCAUUGUGACGACCACGCGGGUGCAGCACGCGUCCCCCGGGGCAGCCUAUGCGCACUCGGUCAGCCGGAGCUGGUACGCCGACGCCGACAUGCCCAAGGAGGCGUUGCGGGACGGCUGCAAGGACAUUGCCUACCAGCUGGUGCACAACACGGACAUCAACGUGAUCUUGGGCGGCGGGCGAGCGUAUAUGACGCCCAGACGGACCCCGGACCCUGAAUACCCAGAGGACCCGGCUCAGAACGGCACCAGGAGGGAUGGGCGCGACUUGGUGGCCGAGUGGCUCAGCACCAAGCAGGGCGCCCGCUACGUCUGGGACAAGAAGGGCCUGGAUGCGGUCGAUGAGGACUCCGUGAGCCACCUCAUGGGUCUCUUCGAGCCCAAGGACAUGAAGUUCGAGCUGAACCGCAAUGCCUCCACGGACCCGUCCAUCGUGGAGAUGACGGACAAAGCCAUUCGCAUCCUGCGCAGGAACCCCAACGGCUUCUUCCUCUUCGUGGAAGGUGGCAGGAUCGACCACGGCCACCACAGCGGCCGGGCCAAGCAGGCGCUGAUGGAGGCCGUCAUGCUGGACCGGGCGGUGGCGCGGGCGGGGGAGCUGACGGCGCCCUCCGACACCCUGACCGUGGUGACAGCCGAUCACUCCCACGUCUUCAGCUUCGGGGGCAACACCCUGCGCGGCUCCUCCAUCUUCGGGCUGGCCCCCAAGAAGGCCAAGGACAAGCGAGCCUACACCAGCAUCCUCUACGGCAAUGGGCCAGGAUACAGCGUCCGUGACGGGGGCCGCCCAGCCGCCAGCCUCCCUGCUGUGGAGGACAAGGACUACAGGCAGCAGGCGGCCGUGCCCCUCGACUUGGAGACCCACAGCGGGGAGGACGUGGUGGUGCUGGCCCAGGGCCCCAUGGCCCACCUCUUCCACGGGGUGCAGGAGCAGCACUACAUUGCCCAUGCCAUGGCCUACGCCGCCUGUCUUGAGCCCUACGCAGGCGAGCCCCAGUGCAGGGCACCCCGCAGGGCCUCCCGCGGUACCCAGGGCUCCCCCCAGCCCCUGCUCACCCUCCUGGCCCUCUGCGUGGCUGCCCACAUGGUGGGGGGCUGA